UUGAGUUGUAAGGCGGGUCCACGGUAGGUUUUGUGUUGUCUGCGGCAGCGCAAGUAGAGCAUUAGCACGUUACUCAAACAGAAACAGAAGGGUUUCACCUCCGUAGGUGUAGUUGUGAUAGUUCCAGUUGUAGUAAAACAUGUGGUCAGGAGUCAAUGCCUGUAGAACUGCAAGGGCAGUUUCCUUAUGUUUACGUAGAGGUACUGUGAUUGCGAAACACAGUGUUCCAAAUGAAUGCCAGAGUACUUUCUUUUUAAAUAACACGUCUGCAGCACGUCUAAAUACAAAAUGUCUUUAUUCCGCGGCUGCUGAAAAUGCCAAAGACAAAACUGGGAAAAAAGCCACACGGUCAUUCCUUGUAGCCACCGGUGCUGCUGUGGUAGCGGGGCUCGUAGCCGGGUUUAGCCACUUUCAGAAAGCUGAAAUGGUGGCCAAACCUUCUUCACCUGGAGAGAGCAAUGAUAUCUUGGAACGGUGUCGGUCUUUUAUGGCCAUGCCAGUGACUGACAUCAAAGUCUUGCAGGAGCAUAAGAAUGACAUAAAGACAAAAAUGGAACUUAUGAUCAUGGAAACCCAGGCGGAAGUUUGCCGAGCUUUGGCUGAAGUGGACGGUUGUGACUUUAUCGUUGAUCGCUGGGAAAGAAAAGAAGGUGGUGGUGGAAUUAGUUGCGUGCUUCAGAAUGGCAAUGUCUUUGAGAAAGCUGGUGUUAAUGUCUCCGUUGUUUUUGGCUACCUUACUGAAGAAGCAGCAAAGCAGAUGCAAAGCAGAGGGAAGUCUUUCAAGACUAAAGAUGGAAAGUUGCCCUUUUGUGCAAUGGGAGUAAGCUCUGUUAUUCAUCCAAAGAAUCCUCACAUACCCACUAUACAUUUUAACUACAGACUCUUUGAGAUUGAAGAAGCAGAUGGUAAUAAGCAGUGGUGGUUUGGUGGUGGAACUGAUCUGACUCCGUCCUACUUGAAUGAAGAAGAUGUGGUCCACUUCCAUAAAACUCUCAAGGAGGCUUGUGAUAAACAUGAUACCAAAUUGUAUCCCAAAUUUAAAAAAUGGUGUGAUAAAUACUUCUUCAUAAGUCAUCGAGGAGAAUGCCGGGGAGUAGGUGGCAUAUUCUUCGAUGACGUGGACUCUCCUUCUAGGGAAGAUGUGUUUGAGUUUGUGAAGAGUUGUGCCAAAGCUGUUGUACCAUGCUACAUUCCUAUUGUCAAGAAGCAUGUUGAUGAUUUAUUCACUCCUGAAGAAAAGCACUGGCAGCAGCUACGAAGAGGAAGAUAUGUGGAAUUCAAUCUUGUAUAUGACAGAGGGACCAAAUUUGGACUUGCAACACCAGGAUCUCGGACAGAAAGCAUCUUGAUGUCGCUUCCACUUACAGCCAGAUGGGAAUAUAUGCAUGAACCUGAUAGAAACUCGAGAGAAGGCAAAAUGCUGGAUAUCUUACGUCAUCCAAGAGACUGGCUGCAUUGACGAAAAUCACUGGGAUGUUGCGUGUUGGCAAGCAAAAAACAAGAAUCUUUGUCAGUAUCCCAGCAUUAGCUGCUAGUACUGCAAAACCACCUACUACUGUUAAUUCAGUCUUGAAAAUGUAUCUUUCAAGGGAUAUCUCAGAGCAUCUAUAGUGCCUUUGUAUUUGCUGAUGUUUUACUAGAUUUUUGUAAACAGUUUAUGGUCAAGAAUUAAUUGGCGCAAGGAAGUGUGAGACAUAUUUCUAGUCAUUAAAAAUGACUACUGUAAUGUUCCUUUUCAUGUUACCUCACUAACAACACUGAAUGUUAAAGAUUAUUUGAACCCAAAUUGUGAAUUUAAACUUAUUGCUAAAUUUUUUAGUGCUGGAAGGUCUGUGGUUGAUAAAAUUCAUUUAUUUCAAAUAUAUUUUGUAAUAAAUUACAAUAUGUCAAUGCAUUAUCCAAGAUCAGUGUAUUUAGAAUCAUGUUUUUGUCUAAUUUAUAUAUCAAUAAAAGAUGAAUAAUCUUUGUUA